AUGAUGCACCCGGCGCGACAGGCGUAUGUGGAGGAGGCGGAAGAUGAUCGUGGUAUGACCUUGGACGAGGUCCCCGUAGAUCGCGACUAUGACAUUCCCUCGGCAGCCGCCGGCAUUGCGCCGGAGAAAGCAUCAGCUAUAUUGUCCCAGUUUGAACGGAAGAGGCGAGCAGCAACAAUGGCAGUACCUACAGAUGAUGGCCGAGUACGUGCUAGGCUACGGGAACUUGGGGAGCCUAUCACACUUUUUGCCGAAGGCCCAGCAGACCGACGAGACAGAUUAAGAGAACUCUUGACCCUACAGGCGGAACAAGCACCUACAGAAUCACCAGAUGUUGCUAUGGAAGAUGCGCCAGAAGAGGACCAGGAAGAUCAAGAAGAGGAAUUCUACACCACCGGUAGCGAUGAAUUGUUACGGACGCGGCAAGAUAUUGCCCGUUUCUCCCUGCCACGGGCGAAACAAAGGCUAUCUUUUCAAAAGCAGGAAGCAUCUAUACCUUUACGAACGCACGUCAAAUUUCGCAAAGAGAUCAAGGAGCGCCUACAAGCAUUCGAAUUGCAAGGCAGCCAGACCGCAGGAGAUAGGAACGUCAGUAUGACGAGAAUAUCUCCUAAUGGCGAGCUUAUUGCUGCCGGAAAUUGGGGAGGCUCUAUCAAGCUGAUCGGAAUACCGACGUUGGAGGAGAAGAUGACGUUACGGGGGCAUACCAACAGAGUCAGUGGUAUUUCGUGGUUUCCUGGCGCAACUCUUGCCGAAAAUAAUGUUUCGCCAGAAUCGGUUAAUCUGGCUUCAGGAGGAGCUGAGGGCCAGGUAAACCUUUGGUCUUUAAACAAGGACACGCCGCUCUCAACACUAGAAGGACACGGUCAACGAGUAUGUCGAGUCGAGUUUCACCCUUCAGGGCGGUAUCUCGCUUCAGCAUCAGAAGACACUACGUGGCGCUUAUGGGAUGUCGAGUCGACAACGGAGUUAUUACUACAAGAAGGCCACUCGAGGGGUGUCUUUGCUAUUAGCUUUAAUUCUGACGGUUCGCUACUGGCUAGUGCAGGCUUAGAUAGCAUCGGUAGAAUAUGGGACUUGAGGUCUGGAAGAACAGUCAUGAUUCUAGAUGGACACGGAGACGGGCACAUCAAACCUAUCCAUGGCAUCGAUUGGGGCUCAGAUGGUUAUCGAGUUCUGACCGGAUCGGCAGACGGCUGGAUCAAAUGCUGGGACGUAAGGAAGGUCCAAAGGACCGGCGGUAUUGGAGCUCAUACCAGUGCAGUUUCGGACCUCAGAUGGUACAAGGGGUUAGAUGAUCCUAUCCUAGGUACCCCUCCAGGCCUCGACGAGAAGGGAAACCAGCUCCCUAAGAAGUCGAGCACGUUCUUUGUCUCCAGCGGAUUUGACCGUAAGGUUAACAUCUUUUCUGCCGAUGACUGGACUCUCAUACAGACCUUGGAAGGACAUACUGGGCCAGUUUCGAGUGUAGAUAUUAGCAGAGAUGCGAGAUGGAUAGUCAGUGGUGGACACGAUAGAACAGUUAAGUUGUGGGGUCGAAAUGAUGGAGAGGGAAUUUAG